AUGGCCCUGGAAGCAGUUCAAGCAACCUCUAGAACUACAAUUGAGCCAAUUUCAAGUCCCGGGAUUUCUUUCUCUGCUGAUUUCCUUGAUGAAAACAACUUCAUUUCCAUCAACCCACUGUCUCAAAAUGAAGGGAAAGAGCGAGAGAAGGAUCAGAAGGAGAAAGAUAAGGCAAGAGUUGCAGAAUUUGAGUUCCUUUCAAGCAAUGUGAGCAGCCAUGCCAUGUUGACCGCGGAUGAGCUUUUCUUUGAAGGAAAGCUGCUACCUUUUUGGCAAAUGCAGCAUUCUGAAAAGCUCAACAAAAUCAGCCUUAAAACAAAAGAUUCUGAAGAAGAAGAGGAAGAAGAAGUUAUAAACAAGGAAGAGAGUAGGGUAAAUUGUUUUGUCGAUGAUGACCCAUCUCCAAGGCCACCAAAAUGUACUGUAUUGUGGAAAGAGUUGCUGAGGCUGAAGAAGCAACGCCAACACGCUUCUUCUUUAUCACCAUCAUCUUCUUCCUCUUCAACAUCAUCUUCUUCAAGCUCACUGGCUGACAUAGUUACAGCGGAAGAAGCUGGAAAAGAAGGGUCUGGGAAUAAGCAUGUGAAGAGGAUAAAGAAAGGGUUGGAAAGAACAAGAUCAGCAAGCAUUAGAAUAAGGCCAAUGAUAAAUGUGCCUAUUUGCACACAAGUGAAAAGCAGUGCAUUGCCUCCUUUGUUUCCCCUUAAGAAAGGAAGAUUAGAGUGGUGA